CGUCGCGCCUCCGCAGCCAGUCCUAUCUCUUCUGCGGUUCUGCCGCCUUCUCGACGUCUCUCUUCAGUCUCCAUCUCCAUCUCCACUGCCCCCACCCCGCGCGAUUUCUUCGCAAUCCACGGCGGCGGCUCGGUCGCCUCCUCGCUUUCCGUCCGUCUCGAGCUUGAGGCUAUGGCUUCCCCAACUGCGCCGCCCUCCUCCUCCUCCUCGUGCCUCCGUGGGAAACUUUUUCCAGGGUUGAACAACAUCAACAGUCAGUCCAUGACUUCUUUGUUGCGCUGUGAUACUUCAGUUUUGCCAACUGCCGCAUCAAACAGUUUGAGGAUGACCAGUUCGAUUCACUGGAAAAAUAAUCAUCGAACCAAAAACUUUCAUGUAUGCCAUGCUGGGGAUGAUCCGUCAGAACAUGUAUUUAUAAAUGGUCAGGCCAAUCCUUCUAAAACGGUUCAAGCAGAUGCCGCCGCAUUUGGGACCAUAGCUGCUGACAUGGCUCCUGUUGUUGAUGGGUUUUCUGCGGACGAUGAUGAACUUGACCUAGAUUUGCCAACAGAGGGUUUCUCGUCUAUACCUGAAGCUAUUGACGAUAUUCGCCAAGGAAAAUAUGUGAUUGUUGUGGAUGAUGAAGACAGAGAGAACGAAGGAGAUCUUAUAAUGGCAGCAUCAAUGGUAACACCGGAGGAUAUGGCUUUCAUAGUGAGGCAUGGCACUGGGAUUGUAUGUGUCAGUAUGAAAGAAGAUGACCUGGAAAGACUACAACUUCCUCUUAUGGUAGUGGCAAAGGAAAAUGAAGAGAAGCUGCGGACAGCCUUUACUGUUUCAGUGGAUGCCAAAGAGGGCACAACAACAGGGGUUUCAGCCAAGGAUCGGGCAAACACAGUUCUAGCACUUGCAUCUUCUAAUUCUAAGCCUGAGGACUUCAACCGUCCAGGACAUAUUUUUCCUCUUAAAUAUAGAGAAGGUGGUGUCCUCAAAAGGGCUGGGCAUACUGAAGCAUCAGUAGACCUUGCCAUGUUGGCUGGAUUACCUCCUGCUGCUGUUCUUUGUGAAAUUGUCGAUGAUGAUGAUGGUUCCAUGGCUUUGUUACCAAAACUUCAACAAUUUGCAGACAGAGAGAACCUGAAGAUAAUCUCGAUUGCAGACUUGAUUAGAUAUAGGAGGAAGAGAGAAAGAUUGGUAGAAUGUGUUUGUGUUACACCUUUACAAUUACAAUGGGGGUCAUUUAAAUCCUAUUGCUACCGGUCUCUUAUUGAUGGUAUGGAACACAUUGCAAUGGUCAAGGGUGAUGUUGGGGAUGGCAAGGAUAUCUUAGUGAGAGUGCAUUCAGAGUGCCUAACUGGAGAUAUAUUUGGAUCAGCAAGGUGUGAUUGUGGGAAUCAGCUCAGCCUGGCGAUGACCAUGAUCGAGAAUGCUGGUCGAGGCGUGGUAGUUUACUUACGCGGUCAUGAAGGUAGGGGCAUUGGGCUGGGUCACAAGCUUCGGGCAUAUAAUUUACAGGAUGAUGGACGGGAUACGGUCGAGGCCAAUGAGGAUCUAGGGUUGCCUGUUGACUCACGGGAGUACGGUAUAGGUGCACAGAUACUACGUGAUCUGGGCGUCAGAACCAUGAGGCUGAUGACCAACAACCCUAUGAAGUACACCGGACUCAAGGGCUAUGGUUUGAGUGUCCUGGGAAGAGUGCCACUAUUGACACCAAUAACCAAUGAGAAUCGGCGUUACAUGGAAACAAAGAGAUUAAAGAUGGGGCACGUUUAUGGAGCCAGCCCUAAUGGUCAUACAAGCGGCAUGGAGGAUGAUCAAGCUCAGGAGGACAGUGGCAGCGAGCAAGAACAAAACCCAGAGGCUUAAACAUUGUCAUAGUUUCUCUUGGCAAUAAAGAUAAAAUCCUCGAUUUGAGCGAGCACAUAUAUCUUUGUUUAUAGAGUUUUCAUACAACUUGCUUGCCGUCUGAUGUGUUGUGUACAGCGUGAGUUUGUGAGUGUUCACGGAUUCACUAACACAAUAAAUAUGAACUAUUUGUUUUUUUGUUUUUUAACGAGGUUCAACCCUUCAGCUAAUAACUUUGAGAGAGACGCUGAAGGGAGUUUGAUGAUUCGGUAUGUUUUGUA